GGACGACUCUUUCAGACUCCAAAAUCCAAAGUUCGCCGUUCAGGACUGCUGCGCACGUAUUGGCUGCCCACCUCAGUUUCCCCAUUUCCCCAGUCUCCAGUUCCCCGUCCCAGUUCCCUCUCCCCCCUCUCUCCCUGAGUCCCUGUGCCUACAAUAGUACUCUCGAUCUGCGGAUUGUGUACUCUAUCAUACAUACUCUACUCUAUGUACUCUACUCUGCGGUAUGCAAGUGACCUCCCCACCGCCCAGCCCACCGCCCACAGGACCCGCCCACAGCCCACAGCCUGGCAGCGGGUGGCUUCGCCCCACCGCCCCAGUCCCACACGCCCGCGACUAAAAAUAUCGGGCAUUUCUUUUAAGUUUGAGUUUGAACUUUGGGGCCUAGGUGCUGCAAUGGCGACUGCAAUGGAAACUGCACUGGAGACUGCAACGGGGACUGCAGUGGGCAGGGCGCUGGGCACAGGGCAGAAGGCGCUGGGCAGAAGGCGCUGGGCAGAAGGCGCUGGGCGACCCCCCAGGCCCAAGGGCCCCCACCGGAUUGGACGAGCGUCCGCUGCCGAGCGCUCUCGAAGAUCGAGGGACGGGGUGGAUGAGGGACGGGGACGGGGACGGGGUCGAGGGACGCGGUCGCACCGAGAUACUUGGAGUUGGGGUUGGAGUAACUCUUCCCCCGGGAAGUUGCAUGUUCACGCACUCCACCAACGCACUCCACCGGCGCAGUCCACUGAGCACGAAGCAGUCCGCCGGAGUACUGAGCACGGAGGGAAGGGAAGGGAGGGGGAAAAGGGUAGCUGCAGUGUGCAGUGGUGACUCGUGAGGCUGGACGGCCUUGAGCAUACCUGGAGUACUGUAGAGUACCUACGCAGCGGAGUCCGAAAGAGUCAAGACAUCGUGAAGACAUCGUCAUCUCCGCUCCGCUCCGAGACAGGCGGCCACAGUAACAACAACAACGACACUCUGGGAGAGGGCGCGGAGAUGGGAUGAUGAGGAGGAG